AUUUUGUUGCACGGCAUGUCUUUUCUUCAGUAUUAUAGGGCAGGAAGUAGGCCAUUCAUAUCCUUUGAAUUUUUUUCUUCACUGCAUAAUUCUUGCCAGGUUCAUCCCGGGGAGACAGCUUUGGCCUUCUACACUGCUAGGAACCCCACUGAGCGUCCUGUGAUUGGUAUAUCAACAUAUAAUGUUAUUCCAUUUGAUGCGGGCCAAUACUUUAACAAGAUCCAGUGCUUUUGUUUUGAAGAGCAACUCUUGAACCCCCAUGAAGAGGUACACAUGCCUGUCUUUUUCUAUAUAGAUCCUGAAUUUGCAGAAGAUCCAAAGAUGCAAAAUUUGGACACUUUGACAUUGUCUUACACAUUCUUCGAGGCUCGAGAGGGACUCCAGAUUCCAAUGCCCAAAUUUGCAAGAUAAUACUUAAAAUGAAAUAUUGAGAUACCUGAUCAGACCUGUAUUUGGAUGUGCAGAGUUGAAAAAAUAAAUUACAUCAUACUGCUGUAAUAUGUCUGUCAUCUGUGUUAUUGUAAUGGCUGAAGAUCUGUCUUGGACACUCAGGUACUGAAUGACUGAAAAUAUGUCUUACACAGGUACUGAGUGCUAUAAUUGAAAGUUCUCUUUAAAUGUCUACUUUUUUUUUUAGUAUGCUAUAAAAUUGUAUAUACAUCGAAUUGUUCAGUUAAAAUAACUUAUUUAA